AUGAGUGCAUCGGGUUCUCCGCGAGGGGAUACAUUAGCUCACGAGGAUGACUGGCUCUCGUGGCUUCACCAUCAUGACGAUGUUCUGGACAGCAAUCUCGGGAUCCAUGGCGAAAAGGCAGCCGAUGUUACCGACAACGGCCCGUCCCGGACAGGGUUGCAACACUUAUCAAUGGAGUCAUCAGACUCCAUAGAUUGCAGGGCAUCUGGAGAACUCCCAUCCAGUGACACUUUGGCUGAAGAUGUCUCAUGGCUAUCGUCCAGUGGAUACUAUGGCGCCCCCUCAGAUUCCUCCGUGGGGUCUGUAGACUCACUGACCUCACCAAUCGCAUCGGCUUCUCGACUGAGACGACGAAGGAGACACACACACCAGAAGAUCAACGCGGCACGAGAGAGGGAGACGGCUAAACGAAGAUAUCAGUGUACGUUCUGCACAGACGCUUUUAAAACGAAGCAUGAUUGGCAAAGACAUGAGACGACCAUGCAUUUAACCCUCGAGCAAUGGAAAUGCUCAAGAUUUGGACCGAUAAUACAACAGACAGAUGGAAACUCAUACUGUAUCUUCUGCAAAUGUCCCAACCCCUCGAUAGACCACCCAGAAACUCACAACUACUCAGCCUGUGCCGCUCAACCAGAAUCCGCACGAUUAUUCCACCGCAAAGAUCACCUCAGACAGCACUUACGUCUCUUUCAUCAAGGAUGCAACUUCAAUGACUCCAUGAAGAGCUGGCUAUCGUCGAUAGAUGAUGUUAGAUCGAGAUGCGGAUUCUGUGAUGCACAAUUGGGCACUUGGACAGAAAGGCAGAAACAUCUCGCUCUACACUUCCGUGCAGGUGCAGAUAUGAGAGAGUGGAAAGGUGAUCGGGGCUUUGACAAACAGAUUGAAGACCUCGUGGAGAAUGACAUGCCUGCGUUCUUGAUAGGAGAUCAGCGCCGAACCAUGGAGCCAUUCUCCGCUUCAAGGGUAGAUCACCGUGUCGACACAUACCCAUUGAAUCCGUUCAGCGCCAAUGAGACGAGCCCUAGGCAAAACUCAAGAGAAUCGGAGGUUCCUCAUUCUCAUCAGGAGGUACAGAGGUUGUUGUUACAAUAUGUAUCUACCGAGAUCUCACAAGGCCAUGUGCCGUCAGAUCGACAGAUACAAAGAAAGAUGAGCGAGAUUAUCUAUGGGCCGGAUAAUUCUUGGGAUUCGACUUGGGCGGAUAAUCCUCAGUGGAUGGACAUGUUUCGGAAGAAGGCCGGGUUGAUUAGUUUACCUCUUAGUGGAGGGAAGAAUGCAUUUAUUGGGUUCUAA